AAACUCCUGUUGUCGCCCCCUAAUGUGCCCGUGGGCCUCGAGAUGAACAAAGACGGCAGCGUGCAUCGUCAUAGCAGCAGGAACCAGCACGUCAAGCCCUUGAGGCCCGUACAAAAGAAGGACAAGAUAAGCACACAGGAGCGUAAGUCACGACCAGUGCGGCCCGCUGGUCAUCUCUGCACUGAACUCCAUCGCCACCUCACCACAGCACAGGAGGCCGAGGACACGCCCUCCGCCGACACAGAGGAAGAGGAAGAUGAAGAGGACUGUGACUCGGAGGAGGAAGAGGAGGAGUCAUCCAGCAGUGAGGAAUGCGAGAGCAUGGUGUGUGUUGAGCCGCCGAAGCCUCAGUUCUCCUCGGAGAAAGAACUGCACUCUGUAGUGGAGCUCAUCAAAUACAUGCACACGUACUGCCUGCCCAGGCGCAAGCAGGCCAGCUGGGAUCGCAAAGAGCGUGAGGCAUUGGCGCGUAAGGCCAAGCCUGAGAACCCCCCAGUGCCCCGCAGUGUUCCUCAGAACUGUCAUAAGCCGGCCCCCCAAACCAGUAUUGGGUCCAGGCCGAGGGUACCUUUUGCUCGCCGCAGGGAGAUCAAAGCCCACUCCCUGCUCAAAGAGCUUCUAGAAGCUGUCAGUUCCUUUGACGUAAGCAAGCCUUACAGAAUGCACAGCCCUCCUUAUACCCACUGCAGAGGGGCUGCCUCUCCUGCACAGCAGCCUAUAGCUGAACCUAAAGACUCAGACUGUGAGAGCUCGCAAAAGGUCGCAAAGCGCCCCAAAAGCCCCGAGCCCGAGGAAGGAUCCUUCUCGGUUAGACGCUCUCGCCGUCUGGCUUCCUUCCCUAGCCGAUUCGCUAAGAGAGUACGUGUUAACUGUGGCCGAUCGGAGCCCAGUGCUGGACAGUCCAGCGAAGAGGAGACCUGGGUCAAACAUCCUCCCACAGAACCACCAUCUGAUAGCAACAAGAAGACCAACUCCCACAAGAGCUCUGAAGCCCAAAACCCAUGCCGCAAAGAUGAUAAACGCGCCUGUCUGUGUCUGCCGCUGGCUUCCAAGUCUAACGGAGACGCACAGUAUGCCAACAAGCCCUUUGAGCAGACUCUCUGCGUGGAGCUGUGUGGCACAGCAGGCCUCACUCCCCCCACCACACCCCCUCAUAAACCAGUGGAGGACGAGCUCUUCAAACCAGACGGCAAAGCUGAGCUCACCACCAAGAGCUCGUUCCUGGCUCGGGCGCACAUACGCAAGCUCCCAGAGCAGACAGAACUGUACGCCCAGCUGCGCCGGAUGGGCCAAGCAGGCGAUGCAGACUCGAAGGGCGGCACACAACGCGCAUAUGGGGACCACGACUACUGCCUACUGGGUUUGGGUGAGAGUCGCAAGAGACCAGCGGUGACGCAGUGCCACUUGGAAGUGCAAGGAAAGGAGGAGGAGAGUGGUGUGAAGAAUGAGGAAAUGGAAGGACAGGAGGAGAUGGAUUUCUUGAAAGCCCUAGACUACCAGCAGUGGACUGGAAACACAUGGGGCCUGCCUGCAGACUUGCCCACAGAGUUACCCACGCCCAGCCCAGAGCAGACCUAUGAACUCUCUCCUAUCCGUUCUCCUUCCCCAGAGCUGGACGCCCAGUCCCCUGUGUCCUGCUCACCCCCCUCCCCUAACUGCAAACUCUCCUUCAGCGAUGAGAGCUCUGAGACGUGCCAUGAAGCAACAGAAAAAAAGAGCAAGACAAAGUGUGGACAAGAGAAUAAUGAGAACAAGUGCCAAGUGAUCUACAUUCACAACCUUCCGAGCAGUGUCACUCAGUCCAUGCUGCGGAAGCGCUUCGAGGCCUUCGGUCAAACGGAUGACUGCAAAGUUGUCAUAAAAAACGAGGAGCGUUGUGGAGUUAUCACACUUAGGUCCACUCAGAGCGGCCAAACCCCACAGCACAGGCGGGACUCGCGGGGUCCGAGUGGGGGAAACAGCAGCCGACAGUUUGGAAGGAAGCGUUACAUAGAUCUGGAUGAGGCAGGUCCUGGCCCAGUGAAGAGCAAGUAUGAUGCACUGGACUUUGACGCUCUUCUGAAGGAGGCUCAGAGAAGCCUGCAUCGCUGACACACAUUGCAACGCGUCGAGCAUUGCCACCCCUUCCGAGACUCACCUCAGUACCUCAACCAAGGCACCUCUUCAUGUUUACAUUUUGAACAUUUAAAUAUAAAAAAUGACCUUGUCACUUGUAACUGAGGAUCGGAGGACAUUGGGGAAGGACAACCAGUGAACAAACGAACAAGAAACCGCUCUGACAACACCGGACACAAGUGCUGCUUCUUGUGUGUGUGUUUGUGUUUGAUGCCAUUCAUGACGUUGCAAGCGGCUCGGGCUUCGUAGCAAACCGCACUCUUUUCCGUUUGUUGUCGUGACGUGCGUGUGUGUUUUUAUUUUAUUUUUAUAAACCCUUUAUCACUCUUCAUAGACCUGCAGGGGGCUUUAACCAUUUUGUUGUACAAAUAUAUAAACAAUAACUGCUUUGUAUUAGCAAAACUUUGUGGAUGUUUAAAUCUCUCUCUCUCUAUGUGUGUUUGUAUGUGUGCGUGUGUGUGUGCGUGUGUGUGUGCGUGUGUGCGUGCGUGCGUGUGUGUGUGUGUGUGUGUGUGUGUGUGUGUGUGUGUGUGUGUGUGUGUGGAUGAAAAGUGGAUAAAAAAAAGGCAAACAAAAAGAAUCCUGACAAGGUAGAGUUUACAAUUCAAAAAGGAAAGGAAAAACAAUAGUCUUUUUGUAAUUUUAGUGCUUCCUUGAUUUCAUCUAUGCACUCAAACGAGGUAGUGCUUCUUUGGUCUGGCCUCUAUCCUCCUUUGGUCUUGAAGAAGCUUUUGCUGCUGGCUGCCAGAAACAAUUGAGCAAAUGAGUCUAUUGUCCAAACCAACCCUACUGUACUACCUUAAAGGUGCUGUAAGUGAUUGUUUUUGCAAUAUCACACAUAAAAUUCCCCUAUUACCUGACAUAUACCUGUCUCUGUUACAAUGUAUACAGUAAUAGAGUCAGAGGAUCAGGCCAUGCUUUUGUGUUCAGAGUUGUUGACUUGUCUAUGGAGGGCGGGGUUAAUUGAGUGGCUAAGUCUAGCGAAGGUAAGCAAAACAAAUUGAAAUUGCUAACAGCACCUUUAAAGGGUGAAGUGUGUAAUUUAUACAUGUUAAAAUACCUGUAUGUAGAGACAAUUGUAAGCUAUUUGUAGGUUGAUUCCCCAAAGAAUUGUAAACAGUUUUUUUCUUUGGCGCUAUCAAAACAUUGCUCUAAUUGAGCAUCCUAUAAUAGCAACAUUGGCUCAACUGGUGUGAAAACCUGUUUACCUUCUGAUAGUGAUGCAGAAAAUACACACUUCACUUUUAACUUGCCAAUGAUGUAUUUUAAUUGUUUGUCAGAUGUGAACCUAUCCUGUUAAGAACCCAUCUCAUAAUUUAUAUUUUCAUAAACGUUUCGAAAUUUCAAGGAAUAGAAUGUACCCGUCACAAAUGCGAUUGUGUCCACCAUCCUGUCCAUCCUAUUGGUCUUAAUUUGAAAGUACAGUUUAGUGGUAAGACUCUCCCAGUAGCACAGCCAUUGGAGACAUCAGACAAGUCUUUCUCCUGGAUGUUGACUCAAAGUGCUCUCAAUGGCAGAACUUGAGAGAAAGAUGGUGAUGUAUAAGGAGGAAGAGCUUUCCUAAAACUAUUUCCAGAGCUUAAUCUCAUAAGAGAUACAGUCGUAUCUCUGCUUUGUUUACAGGUCACUCUCUCAUACUCUCUUACUCUGAGCUCAAACACUUUUUUUACUCUCCUAUCUAACAGGUGAAGAUCUGCGGGUUUUUUCUAGCUCUUACCUUGUGGCUAAUUCUCUAUUUGUCCUCUGUCUGUUUUUUUAAAUGUGUACCUGUGUAUAACUGCGUGCGUCGUCCGUGUCUUUAGCAGGCUCUUGUGAUGGGUUUGCCCCAUAUUAUACGCUGGGAGUCGAAGUGUGUUCACUCGUACCUGUUGCUUUUAUUCUGCGGGGUCACCCUCCUCCCCUUGAACCCUAGGCCUGUGGAUCUAGUACAAAUGUGAGUGUGUGCUGGUGUAGGGAUGGUUAUAAGCCUCUCUUUACUCUCGCAUUAUCUCUGCCUCUCCCGUUUAUCCAGUUACCUCCACUGAAACACCCCAAACCUGAAUGUUUACAUGACUGAAUUCUCUUUUGACUUUAAUAGAGCGCACACUAAGUACAGAACGCCUUAUUCAGUGUUAAAAGUACCCUAAUUAGGACGUGCCUUGCUGGCUUCCCUCUUAAGGUACUAAGAAGUUACUUUGAAUACUACAUACUGCUUUUGACCAAUUUUAAACUGCCCAAUAUGAUCUUGAGAAGAAGAAAAGUCCCUGAAUGAGUGUUUGUGCUUAGUAUGCAUACUACUAAACAAUUGAGAGAAUGUGCUGGUUUACAUGAUUAUAUAAGAGUAUAAAUAUAUAGAGAUAUAUAAUGUGUAUAUAGCACUGUGUCUUGUGUAAACAUGAAAUGUAUGGUUAUGUGCUGUACAGCGAUGUGGUAAUCUUGUUGUGGUAACAAGAGUGGAUCUGAUUGGUUAAUGUUUUAAAGGGCAGGGGAAAACUUGAUGAUGCAGCGUUAAGCAAUACAGGGAGCUACAGAAGGGAAUUUUCAAUGAUUAUGGCUUCAUAAGUCAAACACAGUUGUAUAGAGUAUCCCUUUAGAAAUUGUUGAAUUUUCUUUUCUUUAUUUAAUGACUUUAAUAGGUUAGAUUUUUUUAUUUUUUAUGCAAUUGAGAUGCAAUACCGUUAAUCUAAGAGAGCCUUUCUCAAAAACAGAAGGAUGUAUUUAAGAGAUCAGUUGUUUUAUUGAAAUCAGUUCUUGUACUGUAUGUCAUAGAUUGCUGUAGUGAAACCGCUUGAAUCAUUAAAAAAAAAAAAGGUUGAUGUUCAGGAUCACUGGCCAAGAAGGACUUUAUAUAUAAAUAAGAAAAAUACACAGACAGUCCAUUUUCACAAGGAGAGCCUUAAACCUUAUGGGAAAACAAAGCUAUCAGUCCUGUCUGAUCUCCUUUACAAUCCAAUGUUUCUUUACCGAAAUAAUUUAACUUUUUCAAUAUAUCUAUAUUAAAAAAGGUAUAUACAUAUAUAUGAUUAUAUAUAUACAUAUAUAUAUUUGUGUGUUUGUGUAGAUAAAUAUAUAGAAGCUAUAAUUUGUUAUAGACCAUUUUAUUCAGUGUUUCAGAACACUUCAAUACAUUUGAACUUAAUGAUAGUGGUGGAAAACAUUACACUGUUGAUCUAGAAUGUACAAAUUAUUAAAAAAAAAUGGAGAAAAAAAAUAGAAAAACUUCCAAAGGGAACCUUCUUUAAAUGCAAUACAUACUGUAUUUCAGUCCUCAUUUCAGCAAUCUCAAGACAAAGUUGACCAAAAAUUACAUUUGCUGUUGGAUACAGAAGUGUGGUACCACAUCAAAAUCCAUUUCACAAAUGUCACGAUCGUUUGGCCUGGCCCUUAAAUCUACGUAUGUGUGUGCAUUCUUCCCCUCUUUUUAGUUAGUAGAAAAUGUCACUUUUAAUUCACUACAUCUGUUGCCCUGCAAUUUAUUGUUCACAAAGUAGGCCUACAUGCUCUUGCAAUAUUGAAGAGAAUUUGCUUUAUAUUGUCUGUGCUAAACCUUGGGUCAUUUUUAUCAAGAAGUGGAUCUAGCGUGAGUCAUUUGUUAACAAAAUGCCUCUAAUGUCAUCAUACAUCCAUGUCACAUUGUCUUGCAGUUCAAGACCUUGUCUGUUGUGGAAACAAAAUUGGAGUCAAAUGGCAUAUGUUGUUUUCUUUGUCUUGUUUUUAUUGAUUUUUGACUCUUCUAAUGUCUGUCAAAUUCACAAUGAUUUUUCAUUUUUUAACCUAGUUCGUGGUAAAUACUGCUAGUAAGAUUUUAUAUUUUUUACAUAUAUUUUGUUUUAUUUUGAGUUUUAUUUAUAAGCCACUUAGCUAGGAUCUCUUUAAAUGGUGUUGGUUUUAUUUUCAAUUUCGAUUUUCGGUAUUGUGUGAUUUCAUAUGUCUUGAGAAUGUGGAGACAAAUGCAUUUCACUAUUUUUAAAUAGUUAAAAUCUAGUUUCCUAGAUCAAAUUAUCUAUAUAGCAUAAAUUAUUUGAUGUCAUAAAUUAUAUUUUAAUUCAUGUAAAUAGUUUAAAAAAGCAGACAAUGGCUUCCUUUUAAACUGAACACAUUUCUCUUCCGAGAUUGUUUACAUUAUUAAACUGUAGAAACUGAUCCUCAUAUACUGUAAAAAAGAAAAAAGUACAUUGUUUUGCCUCCAAAAAAUAAAAUCCAUAAUGAACAACA